AUGGUGCGCACGCCAUCAGCGAAGCCCUUCUACUUUUUGGCGAAGUCGCAGGCUCCAGGCGUAGGCGAGCUUUCUGUUCACGUCUCACUUGCGGCGCGCUUCGGUCUCGAAAAUCGAGCGGAGGCUAUCAUUGACGUGAUUGAAGAUGCGAGUGCUGCCACUGCGGCUCACGUAGAGCUCUCCUUCCGUGACACUCAUCUGUCCAGGGCGGAUAUGUGGCGCAUAUUGCACCGGCUUGAACGGACGGUGGUUUACAAAGGCCAGCAGAUACACUACCUUGGCCGUGCAGUCUGCGAGAUUCGAGCCGUAUAUAUCUCCGGCAGUGAAGUAGAAUCGGCUCUUGUCGUUCAGGCGAAGACGAGACCUAUCUUCAGAAGCGGUAGCGCUCGGUACACUAUCCUCGUCCAAAUCUCAUUGGAGAUGCUGCAGUACUGGCGGGACGGCGACCUCAUGCACGAGCGACUCAUCUCAGGAUACCUCACUGAGCUGUUUCGUCGCUGGAACGAGCAAAAGGUCCGACAUCAUGUUACCAUAGUUCUCUUUGGCCGCGAAGUUCUCCCCGUCGUUGAUGUUGUUGGUGAGCAGGGAGCGGAAUCUCGAGACUUCUUCCACCUCAUCGCGACCGAUGCAAUGAGUAGCCAAUGGAGCGACGUCCGGCGACAGCUUAAACGUGCAUUCAACGGUACAUCGCUGCCAAGACUAGUGAGCUUAGCAGCAAGUGGCAACAUGCUGCAGGCUCUUCAUGUAUCCGCUAUGGACUUCGCCAAUGAUAAUAUCGACCCUCAACUUAGCAGCACCGGAUCGUCCAUCAUUGCUGUGACCGCAGGAGCCGGCUUGUUCGAGACAACUCAUACAGCACUCAAGAAUAUCACGCAUCUUCUCAUGGGAAACAGUAUCGGCGUGGACAUUGUCUCUUUGUCACCAAAGCCGCUCCAUCCUGUUCCCUUGUUCAGCUAUUCACGUGCAGGCGCUGUAGAAUACGCGUUGCCGCAUUGGGUUGACAUCUCCUUCUGGGACGGCACAGGGUUCGAGAACUCUCCUUGCUGGAUCAUGCCGGUGGUCUAUCCCGACGUUACUCACGUCGCACUGCCACUGAUCCAACUUCAUAACAACAGCAUCGACAAGCCAUCUGCGCGGCAGAUGGCGCGGUACGAUGACGAAGUGUUUGGCAGCACCACUGUAACGGCCGCUGACAAUCAGGUGCGCGAAGCUCCGUUCGAGAGCGAACCAAGAAGCAUCGACAUCUCUCAGGAUCGAGCUCCAGCGUAUACUGCCAAUAUGGCACCACGACCGCAGUUCACUUCCGCAUUCAGCGACGUGGUGGACCCGGGUGCUAGUAUUACCGCACGCUCACCCAGCGUUGACGGAGCUGUGUACCGUGCUAAGAGAGACUCCUUACCACCACACCCACUAAUGUCGACAUCCCGCAAGAUCAGUCUCGGCCCAAAGGGUCUGGCGCUCAGCAGAGGAACUGCAAGCACGACCGUCUCUGCAGAGCAUGCGCAACACAACAGAGGCAUGACAGAGCUCGUGCCAUUACCCUCUGGAGACACAUCAAGCGGCAUUGCGAAGCAGAUUCGACAGUCCCUUGCAAGGCAACCUUCACAACAGAGCCUGGUGUCGUAUCCACGUGUACUAACUGCGGAAAUCAGCAAGCCAAUCAAUAUCCAGCAUGCCGACCGUAAUGGUAUUGAGCGUGGCGCGGAGCCUGGACGCUUACUUGAGCGCAUGAUGCUCAGCUCGGUCUCUGAGGCUAGCUUGACUAAUGCUGCAAGUCUGUCUGAAACACCCAGAGCGAAGACGGAUCCUUUCUACGCCGCGAUGAAAGCUGCGGAGCAGGAGGGGGAGUGGGCAGACUCACCGUGGGUCACGUUGCUCGAGCCUUCCAAUCCAAAGCCUGAGAGCAUGCGCGUUGCGGCUCAAUACCGGAAGUGGCAACAUAUUUUCCCACGUGCAGUCAGCUCUUCCGUAUUCAAGUGGACCUCAAUGUGCACACCCGCCUCUCUGCCGCUAACCACUGAUUACCACCCAACGGCACGUGUGCUGGGAAAGUUCUUCACAAAGAGGAUCCGUCAACUCGUGAUUCCAACUAUGCCAUAUUCGUGCCAGGCCGACAGCGUGUAUGUGUUCAAGCAGCUCGUGCUCCUCCGGCUUACUCACGGCUUUCAAAUCUCCGCGGUCGAGCUAUCAGCCGCACAAGAAACGGAGGCUAUUGGCAACAACCCUAUCACGAUGUCGCUUGGGAACGUCCACCACAUCCUUCAACGCCUCUCAGACGGCCAGAUACAGGUGAUUGAGUACACUCUUAAGAGCACGGAAAGUGCUGGUGGACUUCUUGCUGGAAACGCUGCCGAAAUAUGUGAUACCGCAAUAUGGUCUGCCACGCUGCCUAAAUCUAUUUCAGCGAAAGUACAGCUCAAUGUUACUAGGCCAGAUCACACUUGGUCAAUGCUCGACGACCAGUUCACUAGCCAAGAUCUGCUCUCAAGGAGCUUGACGCUCUCCAGGAUGCGUUUUGUGCUCAUUCCAGUUGAGCCUCCACGACCCGGUCUUGCCACUCCCAGCCCUGCUCGAGGGCUGUCUGAUGAGGAGCGACAUAUUGAUGGCAUUCAGCGACUCACGCAGUUGUGGCAGCGCAACCGGUACCUGUCGCAGGAAGACAAGCGCCACCAAGCCUCAAUGUUUACCGCGAAGUCGACCCCUCAGGUCACUGCCCGUGAUCCCAAUCCGCUAGCUAUUGAAUAUCAAACUCGGGACCCAAGCGCUGUGAUCAAUGCAUACGGUCCUCUGUUGAGCGGUCAAUCGACCGGGACGGAGCAUCUGACGCCACUGUUUCAGGAAUCCGAGAUGUACCACAGUAGCACGUUCGAUAUUGUCAAGCUUGUCAAACAGAUGCAGGAGCCUCCACCACAUGGUGUCGAAGUCCGCGACCGGAGGUGGUUCGCGAGAAUGCACUUCAAGUGCUUUCGAGGAGACGAGAUGGUGAACUGGCUUUUGAAAGUGUUCAAGGACUUGCAGAGCAGAGAAGAUGCUAUUGCACUCGGCAACGAGCUCAUGAACCGCGGACUUUUCUCGCACGUCAGAGCUAGGCACGAGUUCCGAGACGGCAAUUACUUCUACCAAAUAGCGAGCACGUACCGUACAACACUCUAUCCGGACAAUGCAAGCAUGUUCAGCAAGACUGCGCGAUCUGUUCCAUCUACGCCAAUGCUAGAGUCGCGUCCUUCGCCGAUGCUUCGUGCGCUACAUGACGACGAUAGCUCUUCUGGCAAGCCUACACCCGUUUUCGCACCACGUGACAAGACAGAGAUCCUGCUAAGCGACAGCAUGACACUCAACGUAGACCCUGGGGGUAUGUCUGAUCAGCCAGAGGUUAUUACUCUUCACUACGAUCGCAUCCACAACCCGGAGAACUGCUACCAUAUUCAGGUGGAAUGGGUUAACACCACGGUUAUGCUCGUGCGCGAUGCUGUCAACCGCUGGACAGCGCUUGCUGAGAAUCACGGGUUGAAGCUCGUUCAACUGCCUCUGGUCGAAGCAAGCAAGUUGUGUCUACAACACGUCUUUGACCAGCCCGUGCCAGUUAAGCUAGCCGUUAGACCACCCGACAACGUGUCAGUAACGCCUUCGCUCGAUGCGCAUACAUUUGCAUCGAGGUUCGCCGAAGACCCUCUAGCUUAUCAGAAAGCCCUGCUGCGCAAGUUUGACUUCGUCUUGGACCUCGAAGCUGCAACGAGCUUUUCAAUCAAGCUGGACGUGCGCUAUUCGUACGGCAAGCCGGACUAUGAGCUGACACAAUUCGUUCACAAGUCCGGAUCGCUGCUCGUGCAGGUCAUUGAGGACGAGGAGAAGGACUUCAUUAUAGUGCCUAAUCGCUUGCUAUCCCAGCGAUCAGCCCCCGUCACCAGAGCGUCCGAGUCUGAGCCAAUAUUCGAGGUCGUUAGGCGAUUCGUCGCACUCUGCCGAGAUGAGCCGGCGCUUAAGGCAUUCUACGAUGAGGCCAACAGAAUGCGUGUGGUGCCUCAGAGUCCGUUUGCGCCAACUGCUCUGGGACUGGACAGCGAGAUCCCGCCUAUCCAGCUACCGCCUCGUCUGGCACAUCGGACAAUCUUAAAGACGAUUCAGUAG